ACCCCGCAAAUCCUUAGCAUUUAUUUUGUAUUAAAGCGGGGAAUAACUCUGAGCACACUGAGAGAGAGAGAGAAAAGGGGGCCAUGAAUCAAGAACUGAGAUCGCUGCUCAAAGAUCUCGAAACCCUAAAGCGAAAAUUACAAUGAUUCCAUCGACAAGAUGCAGCAAAGAGUAGGCAAAAUCGUGAGCAUGGCGAAAUUGGGGAAUCCUCGGCGUUCCAAAGUCAAGGAUACGAGUGCUGAGGUGGUGGAUAGCAACCCCUACGGUAGGCUAAUGGCGCUUCAGAGAAUGGGUAUUGUGGAGAACUAUGAAAGGGGAAUAGGUGGGGUGGGCAGUGUUGCUGUAGAGAUGCUUACACGUUGUGGAAUUGGCCGGCUAUUGUUAUAUGACUAUGACACAGAGGAGUUGGUGAACAUGAAUACGCUUUUCUUUCGUCCUGAUCAGGCUGGCUUGACCAAGACAGAUGCUGCCGUGCAGACUCUUUCGGAUAUCAACCCAGAAGUUGUACUAGAAAGCUAUUCCUUGAACAUUGCGACUGUGAAGGGUUUUGAAGUUUUCAUGGAGAGCCUGAAACGAAAUAAGAAGCAAGGUGCACAAAACACUGGAGUUGAUCUUGUAUUGAGCUGUGUUGAUAAUUAUGAGGCUCGUAUGGUCGUUAAUCCGGCUUGCAAUGAGCUGAAGCAGACGUGGAUGGAGUCUGGUGUAUCUGAAGAUGCUGUUUCUGGCCAUAUACAAUUGCUUAUUCCUAGGGAAACAGCUUGUUUUCCCGGUGCCCCUCCCUUGGUCGUGGCGUCUGGAGUAGAUGAACGUACGCUAAGGCGUGAAGGGGUUUGCGCUGCAUCUUUACCCACUAGAAUGGGUGUUGUUGCUGGUCUCCUAGUUCAGAACACACUUAAGUAUUUGUUGAAGUUUGGACAUGUUUCUCCUUAUCUGGGAUACAAUUCGCUAAAAAACUACUUUCAAACAAUGGAGAUGAGACCGAACCCCCAAUGUUCCAAUUCAGCUUGUCUUGAACGACAGAAAGAAUAUGCCCAAGAAAAACCAGUUAGAGAUGCCUUAGCUAAAGCGAAAAUUGAAGCUGAAGCAUCUGUAAAUGAUGAAAGCCCACUUCACAUUGAUAAUGAAUGGAAUAUAAGUGUUGUAGAUGAUGAAGAUAAUACAAAGACGUCUGCAAAUGCCCUUCCAGAAGGUCUUAUCCACGAGCUCCCUAAUGCAGACAAGCUUCAAGAUCCAUCGCUGGUGGAAGGGACCAGCACCAUCGCUGACGAUCUUGAAGAACUCCAGCACCAACUUGACACACUCAAUUCAUCGUGACCUACUCCAUGACAUCAUUUCCUAGUUAUAUCAAUCUAAUCCCCCCUGUCAGGAUUACUACAUUUUGGUGUCGGUUUUACUCCAUUUUGGUAUGUAAGGAAGUUGACACAAUAAAUUCUACGGAUACGCAUGUUCAUAAUCAGUCUAGUUUCUUUGCUCUGUGUCGGUAUCUCUCCA